UAUUGAAGGUGAUGUACUUCUGACUUGCGUUGUUGUUGUAUCAGCGGCUUGCUCGGUAACAUGGCGCUCUCCUUCUUGCUUUUUCUGGUGCUACCGAUGGCAGCAAGCGGGUGGCAUCAUGUUGGAGUCCACCCAGGAAGGUUUCGCUACAAACGUCCAAGACCAGCGUGGGCUUCUUCAGUGAGACAGGGAGACAGCAGCGGCGAUCGGCCGUGGAUGUCCGCCAGCUCUGGGGAUGACUCUUCUUCCGGAUCGGGGUCCGGGCUGUCAGGCUCUGGCGGCAAGGAAUGGGUAGACGACGGCCGAGAUAGCCUUCCGUUCGUGGUGUACGACGCUGCGCCGCCUCCCAGAAAAGUGGGCGUCGCGAACCUGCCUCCCUUAACGGGCACCGGCGACACCUUGUGGCACGGGUCCAAGCACUACAAGGUUCUGCGCGUUAGCAGCCACUACAAAUACGAGGGCGGUCGCUUCGUAGUGCGACGAAAGUCCAUUCAGGCUAAGGAGUUGAAACGAGUGGCGAAAGAACGGGUCGUCUCACGGCUUGUGUACGGCGACAGCGGAAAGGUGCCACCUCCACCUUCUUGAUACCGGGUCGAGCGAUUAUUUUGUUUGGUUCGCAAGGCGCGGCGCGAUUUGUGUGGCAUUACGUGGACGUGUCCUUCUAUGUGCGUGGGUUUAUGGUCGUGUGUUAUUCGAGAUCGCCUCUCUGAUUAGGCAGUAAAUGCGGAAGUCUGUGGCAUGUGGAUAGAGGCUACCGCUGCGCAUGGAUUAACCGAGGGUGCCAGCCCCCAGAACCGUCGUGCGAAUGGUAAAUGUCUGACUUUGGUGUCACUCGCGGAUAAGUGGAAAUGCAUACGAACAUGACGCCAGGCGGCGCGUGCGUUUGGGUGGCCGUAGCGAGUAGCCGGGUAAAACAUAUACAGGGGAGGGACGGCAGCUGUGGUAGAGGUGGAAGGGUACGAGCGGGCGCAUGGUUACGAAAGAGUGCCGAGCGGCCCGCUACAACCAGAUCACGAUUGUAACCGGGUAACGAUUACGAUUGUCAUUGGGUAUCAUAACUGGUGAAAAAGAGGUCGUCUGAACGAUUGCACUGCUGUCUGAGUGCAAGAUUCUGCAAGAGGCUGUCUGCGUGCAUUUCUUACAACAGAUGUGGUCAUCCUCACCCACACUACUCCCUAUCCAUGAUGCUGACAGACAUACCUCGGAUUGCAUACCGGUGUUUUUUUUUUUUUCCCCAUCAUUGGACUCUGUCGUCU